AUGUGUGUCUCGCACGAUGACGAGGAGCCUCAAGUUCCAGAGCCUAAAGGUCACAAGAGAAACCUCAGCCAAGGCACAGACGCAUCGCCAGUGAGACGAUCUAAGAGACAAAGAUCGAGCACCAACCUCAAAGAACUGUCCGACUCUGAGUCCGACCAGGAUUUGAAGUCCCCACAGAACAAGCCCAAGCAGACGAAGAAGACACAGGCUGCGUCAGUAACCAAAAAGGCCGCUGCUAAUAAGAGGACUGUCUCUCAAGAGUCUGCUGAGAUUAAGGCUGAUCCUGACGCGGAACCCGAGGCUCCAAAGCCGAAGCCAGCUCGUAAGAGAGCAACCAAGACCAAGGAGUCAAAAGAGACCGAAGCAAUGCCACUAGCGCCACGCACAAAGGGCCUGAAGAUGUUCGUUGGUGCCCACGUGAGCGCUGCGAAGGGCGUUUUCAACUCAAUCCACAACACCGAGCAGAUCGGAGGGAAUGCAUUCGCCUUGUUUCUCAAGUCCCAGCGCAAAUGGGAUAACCCAGCGCUAUCGGACGAACAUCGGGAUGAGUUCCGCAAAUUAUGCACCGAGAAAGGAUAUGAUGCGGCUGCGCACGUUCUCCCACACGGUUCAUACCUUGUGAAUCUCGCCCAAAACGACGAAGCCAAAGCCAAGCAAGCUUAUACUUCAUUCCUCGAUGAUCUUCGCCGCUGUGAAGCCCUCGGUAUCAAGCUUUACAACUUCCACCCUGGCAGCACAAACCAAACCCCACUCCCUGAGGCUCUAUCUCGCCUCGCAAACUCACUAACCAAAGCCAUCACCGAAACAUCCACAGUGAUUCCCGUGCUGGAAACAAUGUGCGGCCACGGGAACACAAUCGGUGGUCAACUCUCUGAAUUCAAGGACCUCCUAGCCCUAAUUCCAAAGGAGCACCACGACCGCAUCGGUAUCUGCAUCGAUACAUGCCACAGCUUCGCUGCAGGAUACGACUUGGUCACACCCAAGGGCUUCAAAGCCUUCCUGGAUGAAUUCGAUGAGCUCAUUGGAAUUCGAUUCCUGAAAGCGCUGCACCUUAAUGACUCCAAGGCUCCAUUCGCUAGCAAGAGAGAUUUACACGCUAAUAUUGGAACUGGGUUCCUGGGUCUUCGGGCAUUCCAUAAUGUUAUGAAUGAGCCGCGCUUCGAAGGAUUGCCCAUGGUUUUGGAGACUCCUAUUGACAAGGUUCAAGGGCAGGAUGAGGAUGAAGGAAGUGAUAGUGAGAGUGGAGCGAAGAAAAAGGGAAAGAAAGCUAAGCGCCCUGCUGGAGCUUCGGCGGCUACUGUUCAAGACCCGGGUAUCUGGGCGAAGGAAAUCAAGUUGCUUGAGUCGUUGAUUGGGAUGGAUCCUGAAGGGGAGGAGUUUAAGGCUCUUGAGGCCAAGCUUUCGGAGGAGGGAAGAGAUACGCGAGAGAAACAGCAGCAGCAGUAUGACAAGAAGGUUGAGACAGAUAAGAAGAAGGAAGCGAAGGCCAAAGGACCCGGGAAGGGGCAGAAAAGCCUUAUGGAUAUGAUGAAGGGGAAGUAG